CCACAUCGUCAUGGGUCGCAACAAGGCCAAUGCCAAGAAGGGAGCGGGAGCGGGAGCGGGAGCGGGCGGAGGUGCAGCUGCUGGCAAAGCAUCUGCCAAGCCUGCACUAAAUAAAUCCAAGAAGGCCAAAAACGUCUUCAAGGUGACCAACAACAAGGGCAAAAAGAAGCCCAAGGAAGUGAAGGGCAAGCUCAAGCAGCUCAAGGAGACUGUUAAGGCCAAGCAGGAGAAGGUGGAUGAAACACUAAAGGUGCUCCACAAGGAUAUGGUCGUUAAGAAGCCCAAGCCGGCGGCCACGCCUAUCAAAAACAAAAAGAAACCUGCGGCCAAUUCCAGCAAAGUCUCCGAUACGCUGGGCAAGCUUAAGUUCUAAAAUAGCAUUCAAGUCAAUAAAUGCUAUUUGUUAAUAAUGUUAGUUCAAAGGAUUAUACACAU